AUGUUUUCGGUGGCACUAUACAGUGUACUCUUCUCACAAGUCGUGUUCGGCUACAACUUCCCCUACGAAAGCACUCAGCUUCAAGAAGCCGACAUCGGGAGCAAUCGGGACAUUGCAUUUGGCCAACCACCUGAUGGCGACCUACCGAAAUGUAAGAAUUAUCCUGGGUACGAAGGCUGGCCUUCAGUUGCUCGAUGGGACGCCUUCAAUGCGAGUCUCGGGGGUGCUUUGCUUCAGGGCAUACCUCCAGCCGCAGUUUGUUACAGCGGGCAAUACCGGGAUCCAGCAAAGUGUGCCAUUGUAAGACGUAGGCAAGGCGAUGCUCUGUGGGCUAAAGAGGAUCCUUUGAUACCUUUUGGGCAGUGGCAACUCGACAAUCCAUGUCCUGUGCCAAGUGCCAAUGCCAGCCCACCACUCUCCGAAUGCAAGCUCAUAUCGUUUCCUGCAUAUGUAGUCAACGUGUCAACGGUCCGAGAUAUACAGCUUGCUGUAAACUUUGCAAGGAAUAACAAUAUUCGUUUGACAAUCAAAAACACUGGCCAUGACUGGAUUGGACGCAACACUGGCGGGGGCGCACUUCAAGUAUGGGUGCAUCGGCUCAAAGCCUUCGAAUACCUGCCCACAAUACAGAUUGCUGAGUACGAAGGCCAAGCAGCCCGGGUAGGAGUUGCUUUGGAGCAACAUGAAGUUUAUCGUAAUAUGGGCGAAGCCAAUGUCACCCUUCUGGCCCCAGGGUCUCCAACGGUAGGAGCUUAUGGUGGAUUCAUGCAGGGUGGAGGGUUCUCCUACGUGACGUCAAGAUAUGGGCUCAUGGCCGACCAAGUUCUGGCCCUCGAAGUUGUCACCGCAGAAGGAAGGUUCGUGCGUGCGGAUCCCGAGCAAAACACUGAUUUGUUCUAUGCCAUACGGGGUGGCGGACCAGGGAAUUUCGGUAUCGUGACAUCCGCUAUCGUGAAAGCAUAUCCACCCACGACCGUUGCAAGGAGCGAUUUUGGAUUCCAGACUGAGCCAAGUUCGGGUAUUACCACGAUCAGCGUUUCCAAUGAGACAUUCUGGAAGGGCAUAAGUGUCUAUUUCUCUCACAAUCUUCGAAUAAACGACGCCAAAGGUAUCAUGUGGAAUACAAUCUCGACUCAAGCGCCUAGUCCCAAUCACCUCGAACGUACAUUUACAUUUACCAGCAGGAUCACGAAGCCAGGCGUGCCCGUUGAGGAAAUGAUAUCGCUCAUAGCGCCACUGAUCAAGGAUCUCAAUGAUGUUGGUAUUCCUGUGAAAAAUCCUGAGCCAUUGUUUUGGAAGACUUACGCAGACUUCGGGACAAUACCUGGAGGUCCUACGGGGGGGACUAGCAGCAUGCGUUUCGGCUCGCGACUCGUCCCGCGUUUCAACCUCGAAGGCCCGAAUACAGAAGAAUUCGUCCAAACCAUGGCAUCGAUCCGAUUAUUUGUGGAAGAAGGUGGCUAUGGGUUCCAUUCCGUCGACUACGCGCCGACGUACGAGACGGCUGGUUACCCAGGCACGAGCUCCGCGGUAUCGCCACAUCUACGCAAUGCCGUCAUGCACAUGACAGGUUUCGACACCAGUCAGUACGGCCCGCAGCUUACUGACGAGCAAUGGAAGACAUCCCAUGCACGCCUGGAUAAGUAUCUGCAGAAAUGGAGGGAUGUUACCCCAGGCAGCGGUGCAUAUAUGAAUGAGGCCGAUGUUGAGGAGCCAAACUUCCAAGAGAGUAUGUAUGGUAGUGGAUACAAUAGACUGCUCGAGAUCAAGAAGGAACGAGACCCCUGGGGACUUUUCUAUGCCGUCACGGCUGUGGGUAGUGAAUAUUGGAACGUUGAGGGAACGCGCGGUCUACCAACACAACAAGGACGACUGUGCAGAGUAUAG